UAGCAGCACGGAGUCUCUGUGAUUCUACACUAUCUGCUGCUCAUCCCUGCAUCUCAGAAAACUUCAGAUAUAGAAUCCUCCAUGCAAUCAAGAAAAGUAUUUUAAGCAUUGGAACACAUUUGGAUCAUUUAAUUGAUGCUGCUGGCUUCAUCUUGGGCUGACCUUGGUACCUCUCAUGCUCGUCUCUCUUCCACCAGACUUCUGUAUUCCAUUUUGGAAGAAGACUGAAAAUGGGGCUUCCAAUGUGUACACCGAAAAGACAAUUUUUUAUCCUGUUAAGCAUGAUACUAAUUUCCAAACUCCUUGAGGCUAGAUGGUUUCCUAAAACCCUGCCCUGUGAUAUCAGUCUGGAUCCUUCAAAGUCCCAUGUGCUCGUGGACUGCACCGAUAAGCACUUGACAGAAAUCCCUAAAGGUAUUCCCACCAAUGCCACCAACCUCACCCUCACUAUUAACCGCAUACCAAACAUCUCCCCAGACUCCUUCCACAACCUGGAUCAUCUGGUAGAGGUUGAUUUCAGGUGCAACUGUGUACCUACUCGAAUGGGGGCCAAAAAUAACGUGUGUACCAGGAGGCUGCAGAUUAAACCUAGAAGCUUUAGUAGACUCACUUAUUUAAAAGCCCUUUACCUGGAUGCUAACCAGCUUCUACAGAUACCUCAGGACCUUCCACCCAGCUUGCAGCUUCUGAGCCUUGAAGCCAACAAUAUCUUUUUCAUCAUGAAGAAGAAUCUAACAGAACUGGUCAACAUAGAAAUGCUCUAUCUUGGCCAAAACUGUUAUUAUCGCAAUCCUUGUAAUGUUUCCUAUUCAAUUGAAAAAAAUGCCUUCCUAAACCUGAGAAAUUUAAAAGUGCUCUCACUGAAAGAUAACAACAUCACAGCUGUCCCCACACUUUUGCCGUCUAAUUUAACAGAACUCUAUCUUUACAACAACAUAAUCACAAACAUCCAAAAAGAUGAUUUUAAUAACCUCAACCACUUGCAAAUACUUGACCUAAGUGGAAAUUGCCCUCGUUGUUAUAAUGUCCCAUUUCCUUGCACACCCUGUGAGAAUAAUUCUGCACUGCAGAUCCAUAUAAAUGCUUUUGACUCACUGACAGAAUUACAAGUAUUACGUCUACACAGUAACUCGCUCCAGCAUGUGCCCCUAGAAUGGUUUAAACAUAUGAGUAACCUUAAAGAACUAGAUCUUUCCCAAAACUACUUGGCCAAAGAAAUUGGGGAUGCCAAAUUUUUGCAUUUUCUCCCCAACCUCAUCCAAUUGGAUUUGUCUUUCAAUUAUGAACUUCAGGUGUAUCAUGCAUCUAUAAAUCUAUCACAUUCAUUUUCUUCAUUGAAAAACCUGAAAAUUUUGCGAAUUAAAGGGUAUGUCUUUAAAGAGCUGAAAUGUCUUAAUCUUUCUCCCUUGCAUGAUCUUCACAAUCUAGAAGUUCUUGAUUUAGGCACUAACUUUAUAAAAAUUGCUGACCUCAGCAUAUUUAAACAAUUUCAAAGACUGAAACUCAUAGAUCUUUCGAUGAACAAAAUAUCACCUUCAGGAGAUUCAAGUGAAACUGGCUUCUGCUCUAACAGCAGAACUUCUGCAGAAAGUAAUGGUCCCCAGGUCCUUGAGACAUUACAUUAUUUCAGAUAUGAUGAGUAUGCAAGGAGUUGCAGGGUCAAAAACAAUGAGUCUUCUUUCUUUGCUUUAAACAAUGAUUGCUACAUGUAUGGGCAGACCUUGGACCUGAGUAGAAAUAAUAUAUUUUUUGUCAAGCCCUCUGAUUUUCAGCACCUUUCUUUCCUCAAAUGCCUCAACUUGUCAGGAAAUGCCAUUGGCCAAACUUUCAAUGGCAGUGAAUUCCAGCAUUUAGAAGAGCUGAAAUACUUAGACUUCUCUAAUAACCGGCUUGAUUUACUCCAUUCAACAGCAUUUGAGGAGCUUCACAACCUGGAAAUUCUAGAUUUAAGUAGUAACAGCCAUUAUUUCCAAUCAGAAGGAAUUACUCACAUGCUCAACUUUACCAAGAACUUGAAGUUUCUGAAGAAACUGAUGAUGAAUGACAAUGACAUCUCUACCUCCACCAGCAGGACCAUGGAGAGCAAAUCUCUUAAAAUUCUGGAAUUCAGAGGAAAUCAUUUAGAUAUUUUAUGGCGAGAUGGUGAUAACAGAUAUUUAAAAUUCUUCCAGAAUCUGCUGAACUUAGAAGUAUUAGACAUCUCUAGAAAUUCUCUGAGUUUUUUACCUCCUGGUGUUUUCGAGGGUAUGCCUCCAAAUCUGAAGAACCUCUCUUUGGCCAAAAACGGGCUCCGAACGUUCAACUGGGGAAAGCUCCCAUUUCUAAAAAAUCUGGAAUUCUUGGACCUCAGUCACAACCAACUGACAACUGUCCCUGAGAGAUUAUCCAACUGUUCCAGAACCCUCAGGACACUGAUUCUUAUGAAGAAUCAAAUCGGACAUCUGACAAAAUAUUUUCUAGAAGAUGCUUUUCAGCUGCAAUAUCUGGAUCUCAGUUCAAAUAAAAUCCAGGUUAUACAAAAAACUAGCUUCCCACAAAAUGUCCUCAACAAUCUGGAGACAUUGCUUCUACAUCAUAAUCGGUUUCUUUGCAACUGUGAUGCUAUAUGGUUUGUCUGGUGGGUUAAUCAUACAGACGUGACUAUUCCUUACCUAGCCACAGAAGUGACUUGUGCAGGGCCAGGCGCACACAAAGGCCAGAGUGUUGUCUCUCUGGAUCUGUAUACCUGUGAGUUAAAUCUGAUUAACCUGAUUCUGUUUUCAGUUUCCAUAUCUGUAGCUCUCUUUCUGAUGGUGGUUAUGACAGCAAGUCACCUGUAUUUCUGGGAUAUGUGGUAUAUCUAUCAUUUCUGUAAGGCCAAGAUAUGGGGUUAUCAGCGUCUGCGGUCAGCUGAAUGUUGCUAUGAUGCUUUUAUUGUGUAUGACACUAAAGAUCCGGCCGUGACAGAGUGGGUUUUAGAUGAGUUGGUGGCCAUAUUGGAAGACCCCAGAGAGAAACAUUUUAAUUUAUGUCUGGAAGAAAGGGACUGGUUACCAGGGCAACCAGUUCUGGAAAACCUUUCACAGAGCAUACAGCUUAGCAAAAAGACGGUGUUUGUGAUGACAGAAAAGUAUGCAAAGACUGAGAAUUUUAAAAUAGCAUUUUACUUAUCCCAUCAGAGGCUCAUGGAUGAAAAAAUAGAUGUGAUCAUCUUGAUAUUCCUUGAAAAGCCCCUUAUGAAGUCCAAGUUUCUUCAGCUCCGGAAAAGGCUCUGUGGCAGUUCUGUCCUUGAGUGGCCAACAAAUCCACAGGCUCACCCAUACUUCUGGCAGUGUCUGAAAAAUGCUCUGGCCAUGGACAAUCAUGUGGUCUAUAGUCAGAUGUUCAAGGAAACAGCAUAGUUCUUCUUUCUGAAAACAGCAUAGUUCUUCUAGCUUACCCAGGGGCUGCCUGGCUGCCUGAAUUUUCUCGAAAAUAUUUCAUUGAAAGAGUGUUUUAAAAUUCUCUUAAUGUGCUGGGAUUGCCCAAAUCAGAGGGGAUUCACCAACGAAUGGAGAAGGAGUUGGAAAGAUAGUGUUUAAAUAAUGCAUCAAGUUUUCUUUCCUAGUUUUUUGUGUCUCCUUUUCCUGUGAGUCUCUCCACUUAGCUCUUGUAUAAAAUACUGUUGGGGAAAAAUGAUAGCAAGGAGAGAGCUCAUGACUCUGGUUCACUUGCAACUGUGAUUAUUAAAUAUAUACCGUCAUGAUAUGGAGAAGAGCCACACUUUUACCCUUAAGCAGUGCUGAUAUGUUCCAAAAUAGGGCAAAAGAUACUCAAGCUCUGUCUACAUGACACAAGAUAGUACCAGAGUUGGUUUAGUGAAAUAAAAAGUCAGUUAACUCCUCAACAAAUUGUUUCAGCAUCAUCUAGUGCCCUCUUCUGUGCAGACCAAGUGUUGGCUCUUUUUUCUUAUGCCCGUUGGUGGCCUCAAUAGGGAAAUAGGCAAAUUACUUUACUAGUAAUGGGCAUAGUCUACCUACAAGUGGGAAAAGUUAAAUUAUCUAUCUUUAUGCUAAAUGAUGCUCAUUACCUUUGUUGACAGUUUACUUGCUGAAAUAUUUUUAUCUGCACUGCAAAAUACUGUAUCCAAAGUAACAUAGCUGCAUUCAGUGAUCUUUGAAAUCAUUUUGUGAUUUAAUUCAGUAUAUUUGUAAAUAUCUGGAACUUUAAUAUAUCAGCAUUAGAUGGCUUUGAUGGUAAACCCAAAAGGAAGGUGGAAAGAGAAUGUAUUUAUUUAUAGUUAUCAGGAAGACAAUUAGAUAGAUGACAAUUACAUAAAAUCCUUUCAUUUUUGAGGAGAGGAGGAGAAGCAGAGGUUGACAGACCUUCACACUGAGAAAGCAUCAGUUUUAAACUUCAGUUUUCAUAUUCAAAGACCACAGAAAGGACUACGAUAUUAUUAAGCCAAAUUGGGUAUAAAUUCACAUGAGUUCAAAGUUUGUAAUCUGAUCAACCUGCUUUAUUUUAUGAAAAAUUAUCUACAGAGUUACCCAUGCUCUUUUGAAAACAGUGUGUAUAGGUUCAAGUCCUGGAGCAUUAGCUUGGCGAAAUUGUAUUUUCCUCAUGUAGAAAUGUCAAAAACUUUAAGUGUGACUGUGAAUACAUAGUAUAUGAAUUAUUUCCAAAGGGUAUUUAAUCAAUUGAUAUAGGUCAUCAAUUCCCAGCUGAAGCUCUGGAAUGAUAGAGGGGUAAUUUUAUUGCUAGAGUCAACUAUUUUAUAAUUUCUGUUAGCUGUGUUGUGCUUAAUAGACU